GCGUGGAGCGUGGAUGACGUUGCCAAGCUCCUGCUCGCACUCGCCAAGGCCAAGGCCGGCACAGACAGCGAGGGCGUGAAGAAGCUCCACGGCCGGGCGGCCGAGGCGCUGUUCCCGAAGGUGGAAGGGAUGGCGGACACGCAGAUGAUAAAGGUGGCGCUGGCCUUCAGCAAGGUCCCCGCGUGCAAGGAUUUCCUGGAGUACCUUGCCUCGGAGGCUGCGAAGAGGACAGACCACAAGAUCCCGCCGCCUCAGUUGUUGCUGCUGACGCAGGGCCUGAUACCGCUGGGUGCAUCCAACCCGUCCGUCGGGAAGAUCUUCGGCUUCUGGGGGGAGGGCGCGGAUCAUUCGAAGCUGACGGCGGACCAGCUCGCGAAGCUUAUCCAGGUGGCUGCCCCCGUGGUGGCGGAGGGCUCCGCGUUCUGGGGCAAGGCGGGCGCGAGCCUCGUGGCCCAGAAGGGCUCGCUGACCGACGCGGGCAGGGCGUCGGUGCUGGCGGCCUUCCCCGACGGCGCGGGCCCCGCCUUCGAGGGGAAGGACUCCCUGCUGGAGGCGGCCAAGCCCAAGGCGAAGGACGACAAGGACCGCGACCGCAAGGACGACCGCAAGCGCAGCCGCGACCGCCGCGACCGGAGCCGCGACCGGCGCGACGACCGGGAUCGCGAUCGCAAGGAUUUGGACGACGACCGCAAGCGCAGCCGCAGCGGUCGCAAGGACGAGCGCAAGCGCAGCCGCAGCCGCGACCGGAGGCGGUGA